CUAAUUGGCCCACUGUUUCUUGGUCAGUUAUUCCUACAUCGCAAACCUGGAAGUGGAAGCAAUCGUUGGGGGGUACUACCCUUUAGUAUAAAGAGGAGUCAUCUAAAGGAGAAGGAUCUCUUUCAUGCACGCUUCAAACGUAGUCGAGACCAGCGAUUUUACAAACGCGUCCACUUCACAAGAUGACUCCGAGCUAUCAUCACAUGCAAGCCAGCCUUUUACACCUCCAAGAGGUCGUACACGUUACCCUGACACCCUAGCUCGCGUCCCCUUGCAUCGCCGUGGGACAUCCAAGACAUAUGAGCGACUCGAAGAUCUCCUUCGUGAGGCCGGUUACAAAGAAACUCGCGUCUUUACACCAGAAUCCGAGCGACAUACAGAUCAUGGAAUCGAUAAGCACACGAGCAGUGUGCGUGGUGGCGUAGGCACUGUCGUCGGGUUCCUCGCCGGCCUUGUAAGCCGUAAUUCGAGUAUGGCACGGGAACCGAUCUCCAACAAAGAUUUACACUCUCAACCACCAUCGCCGCUUGCACACAUCAAAGCUCUCCACCCAUCAUCUUCCGCAUCUUCCUAUUCCUUCAAUACAUCUCCAGAAAGCCUUCGCAAGCAUUCUCGCUUUCAUGCCACACGCAACCUAUUCCCUGAAACCCAUGGCCAGUCUCUCGCUCCAAAUGCCUACAUUCGUCAUCAAUCUUCAUCCAACUUUUCCAAAGAUGCUCCAAACGCUCACGCAUACCUCCGGCAUAUGGCAUCAGCACCGAAUAUCCAACCCCUAGCUAAACGCCCCUCCUCAUCGAACGUCUCCCUCCGUUCCCAUCGCACUCCCCACGCACAACCUCGUUCUUCACGUCGGGACGUGGUCCUCACAUCAGACGAUAUCAUCGAGACAGACGACCCUCCACCGCUCCCUCGUAACUGGAUGGAAUCUGUCGCUAAAGCCCUUCUCUCUGGUGUGCCUGAGACUGCCUCUACGCGAAAAAUGAACUCGACGUUUUCAGAGGCGACGAAUAGACCCAGGGAACAGAGACGGCCACCAUUGCUAUGCGCACAGGUACAGGAGCAGCGUGCAGGUACGACUGAGGGGAAGGUGAGCCAGACGAGCGUCGUGUGUAGGUCUGCGCCUGCAUCGCGUGCGGGAUCGAGGGUGCGUAGAACCGGUGCUGAAUACGAUGAAUCGAGACAUAGACGUGACGACGAGAGACGGAGGAGGAACAAGCGGGAGGAAGAAUUAAGGAAAGGAAAAGGAAAGGGGAAGGGGAAACGCAAGGAAUCAGAUAUGGUUCCUUCAUUAGCCCGUACGAGGGUUGAGAACGACGAGUGGAGUAUGAGCAGGUACCCCUCCGCGAGCCAUAGACAGGAAGGCCCGUGUUCUUCCAGCUCCUCCUCUGAAGAUGUGGACGACGACGAAGAAGACGAAGGAGAACUAGACCUAGAAAGGAUACUCGUCCCAGCUAGACGCCAAGCCUCCAUUCGCAGUCUCCGAAAACAUCUUCACCCACCCAGUACAGCAGGCAGCCUCCGGAGUCUGCCUUCGGCAUCCACCACCAUCAGCACUACCAAUAGCACCAUCAACGGCCAACACCCGUCUUUUGCACCAGAUUCCCAAGGACACAUCUGGCUAGACGACUCAUGGGGCACAAGUAGAGGCCGCCGGUGGGUCGUAGGUGAAGAAGACGACGAUGAAGGGGACGGGUAUGGAAACGGGAACGCUAACGGCGCACUUUCAGCGUCUUCGAUUGGGGGGACUGGUAUUCGUACGCGUGCGGGGAUGAAGCGCCGCCGCGGGUUGCCUGGCGCGUGGGCGCAGUGGGGCGGUUAAAUCGAUGCUGUGAUGAUAAAGGGACUCCCUCUUUCUCUUCCUGGUUUUAAUUGUUUGCAGGGAUAGACACGUGCGGAAUGGGGUUGGUUUGCUGGUACUUUGGAUACUGGACCCUUCGUUCGUACGUGCAUGCUCGACUAUUCGCAUUUUUUUUCCUUUUUCAUCCUCGCUUUCGUUUCAUGCACAUUGUUAUGGUAUGGUAUACAUAUGCUUUAUUGAUGUCGUGUCCAUGGGGUAUCUCAGAUCUCACUGGGACGAAGGAUACGAGUAAUUUACUUUGUUCUAACUCAAACUUGAAGAAUAUAUAAAUGUAAUUGUUGAUGAUGGUCA